UCUUCGUCUUUUGAUUUUCUUCUCUUACCAAAAGCUUCCUCCAUUUUUCUUCUGCAAUUAUCAAAUAAAAAAAAAUUUAAUAUCAGCUCAAAAAAGGGAAAAUUUUGAUCACAAAAGUAAAAAAAAGAGAGAUUUUAUUUCCAUUGGAGAAGUUUGGUUGGUUGUUGGUUUUAAUUAUUUCAAGUCAAAGAAGAGAUUUUUCUUCUUUUCUGCUUGCUAAUUGAUUUUGGCUGUGUUUUAUACAAAGAGUGAGAGCUUCCAAUGGUUUUUCUUUUUACUUGAGAAUCACGUAAACAAAACAAUGAAGAAGUGAAGAAGUAGACAGAGUUGUACGAUAUCUCCUGUUUUGUGUAUUUUUUUUAAUAGUAAUUCCCAGCUAAGACUGAAACUAGCUUCAAAUUGGCAAAGAGUUCUGGUUGUAAAGACAAGUUGGCACGAAUCUCGGUAAAUCUAAAAGUUGGUCCAAAAAUCCAAUGGAUGUUUGAAGGUGCUGCACCGAUAAUAAAACUUUUCGGUGCCAAGUGUGAAAAUAAAUAUGUAGAACAAUGAUGGAAAUUUCAAGUGGUUCAUGGACCACAGUGGAGGCUGCGGUCAAGUUUAUUCAUUUGGAACGAAAAAUAUGGAAGCUGUGAAGCCAUCGGCUGUUACUCCAUCAAAGAGUAAAUGGGUUCGAACUUUAUCGAAAGUUCUUCACCUGCACACCGCUGCAGCUGGGAUUGUUCCCGAUGAUGCGGUUCAGAAGGUUAAGCCUAAAAAAACUGAGGAAUGGAAUGACAGUAAGACCACCAAGAGAUUAUCUCAGAAAUUUGACAGAUUACAUGAGGAUAAGCUUGAAAGAAUGAUGGCAUUGGAAGCGCUUAUUGCAAGAAUCUUUGCUACUGUUUCAGCUAUUAAGGCAGGAUAUGCUCAGUUGCAGCAUGCUCAGUCUCCUUAUGAUGCUGCGGGGAUUCAAGCUGCUGAUCAAUUGAUAGUUUCUUACUUGAAGAAAUUGUCAGAAUUGAAGCAGUGUUUCUUGAAGAAACAGUAUGAUCCUUCCCCCGAACGUGCAAUGAUUUUAGCUGAAAUUCAGGAACAGAAAAGUCUUUCAAAAACGUUUGAAAUUAUGGGAAAGAAACUGGAAUCUCAGCUGAGACUCAAAGAGUCUGAGAUAAUUUUUCUUCGAGAAAAGUCUAAUGAAUCCAAUAAGCAAAACAGGUUUCUCGAGAAGAGAUUAAAUCAAAGUGGUCAGUUUUUUGUGCUUGACAAUCUUCACCUGUCAGGCUUAAGUCCAAGCCAUUUUAUUAUAGUUCUUCGGCAAACUGUUAAAUCCAUUAGAAGUUUUAUGAGGCUGAUGAUUGAUGAAAUGAAGUCUGCUGACUGGGAUAUCAAUGCAGCAGCUAGUUCAAUAGAACGAGGUGUGGUUUUUUGGAAAGCAGAUGACAAAUGUUUUGCAUUUGAGUCCUUCAUUUGCAGGGAAAUGUUCAAGGCCUUUCACCAUCCUUACUUCUCUCUUCUUGGUAACUCUGUGCCUGAGGGGAAGAAACAUCCGCAAGUCUUUUUUGAGAGAUUUAUGGAACUGAAAUCCAUGAAAGUUAAGGGAUAUCUAGCCAUGAAACCCAAGUCAACAUUUGCCAAAUUUUGCCGGACCAAGUACUUGCAAGUUGUUCAUCCUAAGAUGGAAUCAUCUUUUUUUGGCAAUUUGAGCAAUAGAGACAUGGUGAGUUCCUAUCAAUUCCCAGACAAUGCUCUUUUCACCUUAUUUGCUGAAAUGUCGAAGCGGGUAUGGCUUCUGCACUGCUUAGCCUUUGCUUUUGAGACUGAGGCAUCAAUCUUUCAAAUAAGCAGAGGGUGUAGAUUUUCUGAAGUAUACAUGGAAAGUGUAGUCGAGGAAGCAUUCCUUUCAUCAGAUAUUAAACUGGAAUCAGAACCACGAGUGGCUUUUACCAUUGUUCCUGGAUUCAGGAUUGGUAAAACUGUAAUACAGUGCCAGGUCUAUCUCUCUUAAUUGAAAAACAAGGUAACCUGUUGAUCCCAUGUUAGUCUCAGAGUUCUUCAGGUACAUUUGGACCCACAACAUAAUAGAUUGAACUGGAUGCUAUUCUCUUGAUUCUUUUUUUAGUAAAUUAGAUUAGAGAAAUGGCUUUGCCUUGUUGCUGUGUAUGGCUUUACCUGGGCAAUUUGUCUCCCUGUUUUUGUGGCCUUAAUGACAAAAGGCUUAUUGACUGGUAAUUUAUUUGUAAGACACAUCCCCCAAUUUGUUAAUAUUAGGCCAAUGAUUAUUUA